AUGGAAGCAGGAAAGUGUAGAUCUCUGGCAGAUUUGGAGAGGAAUAGGUCCCCAGAAGCUCCGGCGCGCUCGGUGAACUUGCUGGAGAAAAAUGGAAGCUGUUUGACUCUGGCUCCUACAGAUGAGUGUGGCCUUUCAAAUUUUAAGUUUUUCUUCAAAAAAAGGAAAAAAAGAUCCCUUUUGGUUUUGGAAAAUGAAGAAGGCAGUGACUUUGCAGGUGAGCGAAGGGGAGCAGGGAACAAGAGCCAAGGAGAAAACCUCGCCAGGGUAUCUCCGUUUGUCAUAUACUUCACAGUAACAUCAAAAGUUACAUUCAUCAAGGCUCAUCAAUGGACUCCCAAAUGUGAGCUGAACAAGGAUGACACCCAUGAACAUGACAAACUUUAUGAGGAAAGCACACUUUACAGGGAACAGCUCAAAAGGCCUCAACCCUACACAGAGAACUACAGACAACGGAGAAAUGCUGUGAGGAGUCCUUUCCUAGAGAAGAGCACGGAUACCCAGGGAAGGCAGGGCAACUACUUUUUUAGGAUCAUCCAACUUUUGGAUGAUUACCCAAAAUGCUUCAUUGUAGGGGCAGACAAUGUGGGCUUCAAGCCGAUGAAUCAGAUCCACACGUCCCUCCGUGGGAAGGCCGUGGUGCUGAUGGGCAAGAACACCAUGAUGCGAAAGGCCAUCAGGGGCCACCUGGAAAACAACCCAGCUCUGGAGAAACUGCCGCCUCACGUCCUGGUGAAAGUGGGCUUUGUGCUCACCAAGGAGGACCUCACUGAGAUUAGGGACAUGCUGCUGCUGGUCAAUACAGUGCCGGCUGCUGCUCGAGCUGGUGCCAUCGCCCCGUGUGAGGUCACUGUGCGCACCUUGUUCUUCCAGGCUUUGGACAUUACUUCUAAAACAUCCAGAGGAACCACUGACAUUCUGAGUGAUGUGCAGCUGAUAGAAACUGGAGACAAAGUGGGAGCCAGCAAGGCCACGCUGAUGAACAUGCUGAACAUUUCCCCUUCUCCUCAGGGUCUGACCAUCCAACAAGUGUUUGACGACAUCAACGAGCAGACUCUGCACUCCUGUUUUCGAGAGGACGUCUGGAAUGUUGCCAGUGUUUGUCUGCACAUUGGUUACUCGACUGUUGCCUCCGUGCCACACUCUAUCAUUAAUGGAUACAAGCGGGUCCUGGCCUUGUCUGUGGAGACUGACUUCACCUCCCCACUUGCUGAAAGGGUCAAGGCCUUCUUGGCUGAUCCACCUGCAUUUUUGGCUGCUAACCCUGUGGCUGUGGCCACCACUGCUGGUCCUGCUGCCCCAGCCCCAGCAGAGGCUGAAGCUAAGAAAGAGGAACCAGAGGAGGAUAUGGGAGUUGGUCUCUUUAACUAA